UCCAAUCUCCGGACGGUGCGGUGGAUUUAUCGCUGUUGUAUGCUCUGGAAAAUCCGAGUGGAGUUCCAAAAUAAUCGGGCAUCGUGCGAAUUGCUGAUUUUUACUGGAUCGACAGCACUAGAGCGCGAUGUUUCCAUCAUGUCGGACAGGAACAAACGGAAUAUGAAGUCGAGAUUGAGUGUUGUGGAAGAAGAAAUCUUAUAAAUAUAAGUGGGACAAGAGUUUGAAGUGUUGAAUAAGGGUAUUAUUUAAGGGAAAUAUGGACGUUUUUAGUUAUGUGUUGAUAGUUUUAACUACUGUCAGUUAUAUUCCAGCAGGUGAAGCUAUAUUAUGUUACCACUGUCAUCAGACCACAAAAGAGUGUAACAACGGUGUUUUAAGUUCGAUAAAACAGAAGAAUUGUACAGAAGAUAAAUGUGCCAUUAUUAAAUAUGAAACUCUAAUGCCCGGUAGGAACGUUCUGGCCACCAUGAGGGACUGCGUACUUCGAGAUGCCGAAGAACUGUCAGAAAAACUACAUUCGAUCCAAAAACCUAAAAUCAUCUUUAAUCGACCUGUAGCGAACCUCUCUAAUAACACCUAUUUCAUAACGACACUUAGCAAAAAAUCUUUUUAUUAUUUUGGAUUUUUGGACUUAUUAUAUUUAUUUGCCCCAUCCAUUGUUUUAUCCCAAGUAAUAACAUGUCACAGAUGCUUCGGAAAUACGUACUGUAACAAUGCCAGUCAUCCGGAUUUUCAAGCGAACAUCAGAGUUGCAGGCUGUGGUACCUUACUAAGUACCAACAAUGUUGAAACGGAAAAUGAAGCCAAACUGAGAGCGAUAGAAAAGAAGAUCAAUCCAGGGAUAUCUACUAUGAUUGAUGGAGUCUAUCACCAGUGCAUUACUGCAACAGUUUUUGAAGGUAAUGAAGCUUUCACCAUAAGAACAUGCCAAACGAGUGAUCUACCUGAGCCAUACCUGUGCGAAAGAAUUCGCGGUAGUCUUGUACCAGCAAGGACAACUGGAAGCCAAUUUAACUGUACCCAAUGCAGUUCGGACAACUGCAAUACUCACACUCUGCAACGCCCUCUGGGAAGCAAAGCGACCGGUAUCAAAACUUGGUCUCUUGGUCUUCUUCUCGCACUCAUCAUGGCCCAUUUGAAGUUAAAUUAAGUUUUUCUGACUUUUGUUCGAUACUCUUUACCACAAAUUAAUAUUCUUUACUUUAUAUCAAAUUAUUUUAAGUAAAAUUUAUUUUAUAUGUAACAUUAUUAAAUUAAUAUUGAAAUUAUAUAGUUUUAUAAUUUCUUGUAUUUAGAGAACUGAUUGUAAUUAUAUAAAUAAAAAGAAAAAAGUAUUUAAAUUGCAUACAGGGUUGUUCGCCACAUACUACACGGAGUAUUGUA